AGAAGUAGUGCACUGAGCCCAGCCCCGUCUUUCUCUCUGUCUCAGCCUAACUUCUGCAUAGUGGUUGGAAGGAAAAAGGGGUUGACCACAGCUUGACGUUUUCUCUGUACAACAUCCCCACAUUCUGCACUUCAGCGUUUCUCUGUGUGUACAGCACAGCUGGGGAGGGCAAGCUUCUCAUAACUGCAGAGAUAAUGGACAGAAAGGGAACAAAAGAAAGAAGCAGACUCUAUGCAGCAUUUGUUUUCAUUUGAACUUCUAAUAUUUAGUCACUGAAAGAUGGGCGGCAGUGGAAAGUUGGAUCCAAAAUAACUUAAGGAACUGAUCUUGAACUAUAUGUGUUUAUUCAAGAAAGCAGUAUGUUCUUACCUACAGAUUCAACUCAAGGAAAUAUGCUGGAGUAACUGAGUCUGAGUGGAAUAGAAAAGGAGUGCAGAAACCACACGUGAGCCACUACUCCUCACCACUGAGUGCGUGUACGUUUGUGGGGGUUUAUACUUUUCUGCCACACUGGCAUAUAUGCAAAGAAAGCAGACCGGAAAGGAUUUUUUAUGAACUUUAAUGACUAGGGCCGAGGAUCACCACCAUGACAGAAAACACCUCGGCCACAACUGCCUUCCAGACUUUGCCUUCCAUCUCCCCUUUUCUUGUCACCGCGAAGACUAGCAGGAUGACCAUGACCCCAGCCCCACAACAAACUUGUGUGGAUUAUGGCGCAUUGCAAAUCCCGUUGGCGGUGCUCUACUCUAUAAUCUUCAUCCUGGGACUAGUUGGAAACCUGGUGGCUCUGUGGGUUUUCUUCUCUGUUCACUCAAAAAAGAACUCUGUGCGGGUGUUCCUCAUCAACGUAGCUUUUGCAGACCUGCUGUUGGUGGUAUGUCUGCCAUUCAGGAUACUCUAUCACAGCCAAGGUAACAUUUGGAUCCUGGGUCCCACCAUUUGUAAAGUAGUGGGCAACCUCUUCUACAUGAACAUGUAUAUUAGUAUCACGCUGCUAGGGCUGAUCAGCGUGGAUCGCUACCUGAAGAUCCAUCGUGUAGCAGGGAUGCGGCACAGACUGCGGUCUACAAGGCGGAGCAAUGCCAUCUGCGUAGUCAUCUGGAUUGUGGCCUUUGCUUUGACUUUGGUAUUACUGAUGUCAAAGAAUCACUCACAGACGGAAAGGUGUUUCCACUACAAGGAACUCCAUGAGGCAAAGUGGAAAGCAUACAUCAACAUCUUUUUGCUGGUUGUCUUUUGGCUUGUAUUCAUCUCUCUGGUGGUGUCCUAUGGGAAGAUCGCCCUCAAGCUUCUGAGAACAUCACAAGAGAAACCAGACCUGCCCAAUGCUUCGCGCUACACUCGAACGGCCAGGAAAUCCUUCUUCAUCCUCUUUCUCUUCACUGUCUGUUUUGUCCCCUAUCACAUGGUCAGGGUAUUCUAUAUAACAACACAGAUAACAGACACUUCGUGUUUCUGGAGGGGUGUGGCUGACAAAGCCAACGAGGUGGUUCUGCUGUUUUCCGCCUUAAACAGCUGCCUGGAUCCUGUCAUGUACUUUUUGUUGUCCUCUUCGGUGAGGAAGGAGGUGGUGCGCUUGGUAAGCAAUCUGUUUUGCUUGCGAGAUGUUGCUGGAGUCAGCGGGAGCAGCUCCACUGCUGAGAUGGAAGGUAGGACUGGGAGGACUGACAAAGGGCUGACAAACGUCAGCAAUUCGAAAGAGAAGACAGUUAAUGAAUCCUAACUGUCUAACUGGGCUGCAGCAAUAGCUAGCAGUUGACAUCUUCAGUGUUAACAUCAUGGCUGCCACCGCUGCCUAUCUUCUGACUAUUUGCCAAUGCCACCCCAAUGGCUGAAAUUGUUCAACUUCCCGCCACGAGCAGCCAACCAGCAGUAAACAAACUUUUUGGAGCAGCAUCAUCAAAGUUUGAUUAUCCAGUCUAGGCCAGUAAACAAUGUUUUAUCAUAUUAGCUAAACUUGUAUACUAAUUGUGUCAUUUUGUUAAAACUUGUCAUAUUAAUUGUCAACUGCUUACCAUUACCCCCAUUUUGAGAUACAGUACAACCCACUCUUUGUAGCUAUGUGGUGAGAUUAGGGGCAACCUGCAGUUUAUGGUACAAGUGGUAACAAUGGUAGGAUUGGAUGUAGGCUAGGGCUGCUCUAUUAUGGCAAAAAUCACAAUCAUGAUUAUUUUGGUCAAUACUGAGAUCACGAUUACUCAUUAACUCACAGAACAGAUAUGCUUCCAUUUUAUUAGAUGUAUAAUCCAUACGAAGUCCGAGACAGUGAGUAUGAGUGACGUGCAUCUCACAGAGACGCUGAAUGCAGGUCGGAGUCGAUGUGGAUUAAACAGUUAAAAUGCUCAUGUCUCACUUUAUAUGUGGAUUCCCAGUGAGAGUGAGUUUGGGCUUUUAGAGGGGUGAAAGCGCACCACUGUAAAGGAAAGGGGUGCGCUGAAUUUAUAACACAGACAAAACAAGAUCAUCAUUGCAAAAUGGAAUGGGGCACAAUAAUCGUUUUAUCUCAUUAUCUUGUUUUCAUAAUCAUUGGAAGCCAAAAUCAAAAAUAUGUAAUCAAAACUAAAUUCAAUUAAUUGCCCAGCCCUAAUGUAGGCUGUUGCCAUGAGGGCACCAGUGGUCACGCAGUGAUGUAAAAAGCAUGAUCCAAGUCUGCUCGAGAUCUCAGCAACUGGACAAGAUACAAACAGAAACCUGUGGUAGACUCUGGAAUAGCACGAUACAGCAUUUCUGACCCAAUGGAUCAGUCUCAGAUGAAUGGGGAAAAGUGUGACGUCCUUUCAAGUACACAACUUAAUAAUACAGUAUUGUGCUGAUAUUAAUGUAUCCAUGGUCAAGCUAACAUUUGUGAACAAUAAAGUGCUAUGAUGGUGAGUUUAUGAUGUCGCAAAUGGAUAUAUUCUGUUUUACCAUAUUGAGCAACAACACAACAUGUAUAACACUCUAUAUGGACAGAGAAACUGAUGCUGAGAUUUUGUACACAAAUAAAAAACUAUAACAAUUAUUUUCAUUAUAAAUUAAACUUUGUUUUGAUGAAUCAAUUAAUGCUUACAAUGAAAUGUUUAGCAGGUACAAUGUUGAUGAUGUUAGC